AUGGUCCAGCUGGGGAAGCUGCUCCGCGUCCUGACUUUGAUGAAGUUCCCCUGCUGCGUGCUGGAGGUGCUCCUGUGCGCGCUGGCGGCGGCGGCGCGCGGCCAGGAGAUGUACGCCCCGCACUCUAUCCGUAUCGAGGGGGACGUCACCCUCGGGGGGCUGUUCCCGGUGCAUGCCAAGGGUCCUAGCGGCGUGCCCUGCGGCGACAUCAAGAGGGAGAACGGGAUCCACAGGCUGGAAGCGAUGCUCUACGCCCUGGACCAGAUCAACAGCGAUCCCAACCUGCUGCCCAACGUGACGCUGGGCGCGCGGAUCCUGGACACUUGUUCCAGGGACACUUACGCGCUCGAACAGUCGCUCACUUUCGUCCAGGCGCUCAUCCAGAAGGACACCUCCGACGUGCGCUGCACCAACGGCGAGCCUCCGGUUUUCGUCAAGCCGGAGAAAGUAGUUGGAGUGAUUGGGGCUUCAGGGAGUUCGGUCUCCAUCAUGGUAGCCAACAUCCUGAGGCUCUUCCAGAUCCCCCAGAUCAGUUAUGCAUCAACGGCACCUGAGUUAAGUGAUGACAGGCGCUACGACUUCUUCUCUCGUGUGGUCCCACCUGAUUCCUUCCAAGCUCAGGCUAUGGUGGACAUUGUAAAGGCCCUAGGCUGGAAUUAUGUGUCUACCCUUGCAUCUGAAGGAAGUUAUGGAGAGAAAGGUGUGGAAUCCUUCACGCAGAUUUCCAAAGAGGCAGGUGGGCUCUGCAUUGCACAGUCUGUGAGAAUCCCCCAAGAGCGCAAAGACAGAACCAUUGACUUUGAUAGAAUUAUCAAACAGCUCCUGGACACCCCCAACUCCAGGGCCGUCGUGAUUUUUGCCAACGAUGAGGAUAUAAAGCAGAUCCUUGCAGCAGCCAAAAGAGCUGACCAAGUGGGCCAUUUUCUUUGGGUGGGAUCAGACAGCUGGGGAUCCAAAAUAAACCCACUGCACCAGCAUGAAGAUAUUGCAGAAGGAGCCAUCACCAUUCAGCCCAAGCGAGCAACAGUGGAAGGGUUUGAUGCCUAUUUUACAUCACGCACACUUGAAAACAACAGAAGAAAUGUGUGGUUUGCUGAAUACUGGGAGGAAAACUUCAACUGCAAAUUGACAAUUAGUGGGUCAAAGAAAGAAGACACAGAUCGCAAAUGCACAGGACAGGAGAGAAUUGGAAAAGAUUCCAACUAUGAACAGGAGGGUAAAGUUCAGUUUGUGAUUGAUGCGGUUUAUGCAAUGGCUCACGCCCUUCAUCAUAUGAACAAGGAUCUCUGUGCUGACUAUCGAGGGGUCUGUCCGGAGAUGGAGCAAGCUGGGGGAAAGAAGUUGUUGAAGUAUAUCCGCAAUGUUAAUUUCAAUGGUAGUGCAGGCACACCAGUAAUGUUUAACAAGAAUGGGGACGCCCCUGGGCGUUACGACAUCUUUCAGUACCAGACCACAAACACCACCAACCCUGGUUACCGUCUGAUUGGACAGUGGACAGAUGAACUUCAGCUCAAUAUAGAGGACAUGCAGUGGGGUAAAGGAGUCCGGGAGAUUCCCCCCUCAGUGUGCACACUGCCAUGCAAGCCUGGGCAAAGAAAGAAGACACAGAAGGGAACUCCGUGCUGCUGGACCUGUGAGCCAUGUGAUGGCUACCAGUACCAGUUUGAUGAGAUGACAUGUCAGCAUUGCCCCUACGACCAGAGACCCAAUGAAAACCGAACCGGCUGCCAGGAUAUCCCCAUCAUCAAACUAGAGUGGCAUUCGCCCUGGGCCGUCAUCCCUGUCUUCCUAGCAAUGUUGGGAAUCAUCGCCACCAUCUUUGUCAUGGCCACUUUCAUCCGCUACAAUGACACGCCCAUUGUCCGGGCAUCUGGGCGGGAACUGAGCUACGUUCUGUUGACUGGGAUCUUUCUUUGCUACAUUAUCACUUUCCUGAUGAUAGCCAAACCUGAUGUGGCCGUGUGUUCUUUCCGGAGAGUUUUCUUGGGCUUGGGUAUGUGCAUCAGUUAUGCAGCCCUCUUGACAAAAACCAAUCGGAUUUAUCGCAUAUUUGAGCAGGGCAAGAAAUCAGUGACAGCUCCCAGACUCAUAAGCCCGACAUCACAGCUGGCAAUCACUUCCAGUUUAAUAUCAGUUCAGCUUCUAGGGGUUUUCAUUUGGUUUGGUGUUGACCCACCCAACAUCAUCAUAGACUAUGAUGAACAUAAGACAAUGAACCCUGAGCAGGCCAGGGGAGUUCUCAAAUGUGACAUUACAGAUCUCCAAAUCAUUUGCUCCUUGGGAUAUAGCAUUCUUCUUAUGGUCACAUGUACUGUGUAUGCCAUCAAGACUCGGGGUGUCCCAGAGAAUUUUAACGAAGCCAAGCCCAUUGGAUUCACUAUGUACACAACAUGUAUAGUGUGGCUUGCCUUCAUUCCCAUUUUUUUUGGAACUGCUCAGUCAGCGGAAAAGCUCUACAUACAAACUACCACACUUACAAUCUCCAUGAACCUAAGUGCGUCAGUGGCGCUGGGGAUGCUAUACAUGCCGAAAGUGUACAUCAUCAUUUUCCACCCUGAACUCAAUGUCCAGAAGCGGAAGCGAAGCUUCAAGGCGGUAGUCACGGCAGCCACCAUGUCUUCACGGCUGUCACACAAACCCAGUGACAGACCCAACGGGGAGGCAAAAACAGAACUCUGUGAAAACGUAGACCCGAACAGCCCUGCUGCAAAAAAGAAGUAUGUCAGUUAUAAUAACCUGGUUAUCUAACCUGUUUCAUUCUGUGGAACCAUGGAAGAGGAAGACCUUCAGUUAUUUCGUCACCCAACCUGGCAUAGGACUUUUUUGGUCCUGCCUGCUGCCCAUCACUGGAGGAGCAUCCCCGGCCAGGAGACCAACGUUAGAGGAUCCAAGUGUCCUACACAGCUGCUUUAUGAAAUAUUCUUACUUUAUCUUGGCUUAAUAAGUCACUGGCAUCAGCACUGCCAACUCGGCUGCAAUUUUGGACCUUCCCUACCAUAGGGAGUGUUGAGACUCAAGUCCCAUCCAGGCUCUUUAGGAUGAACCACUGAGAGCCACAGAGAACGUUUUGGGGCUGAUCUGUCUUUCUACGUAUGUAUUUCCAGACUGCAAGGUUUUGAAAUUUUCUGUACAGUUUGUGAGGACUUUUGCACUUUGCCAUCUGAUGUUGUACCUUGGUUCACUGUUUGUUUUCGAAUGCCUUGUUUCCAUAGAGCCCUAUUCUCUCAGACAAGAAUAUUUGGAAAAUUUUUAAAACAAUUCAAAUUUUAAAAAGAUCUCGGCAGACUAAAAAAGAAAGAAAUGAAAACCACAUACGUAAUGACUGUAUAAUUAUGAUUAUAGUACCACUGCAAAUCAUGUUAUUUUUUUAACACAAAAAAAAAGAUAUUUAAAGACCAAAAACUGUGCUGAGAAAGUAUGCCCCACCUAUCUUUGGUAUAAGGAUAGGUCACAUGAAAGGAAGGUAUUGGCUGAACUGAAUAGAGGUCUUGAUCUUUGGAAUGCAUGCCAGUAAUGUAUUUUACAGUACAUGUUAAUAAUUUAUGUUCAAUAUUUGUAUUUGUGUUCUCUUUUGUUAUUUUAAUUAAGGUAUAUGGAUA